UGUGUGUGUGUGUACAUUGUAUGUAUGCAUGUUGCCAUGGCUACGGGCCAGGCUUACUGGCGUCAUCACUUCCAAUCCACCUUCACAGCAAGCAAAGAGAGAUAGAAAAGGACUCAAUGCAGCUCCCCCCGUUCAACACCUGCACACACACACACACACACACACACACAAACACACACACACACACAACUGGUGUGGUCUCAUAUUCCUCCAAGCUCACCCCAUUCGUUCAACAGGGUCCAGUGGCACAGAAGGAGACGAGAGGAGAGCAGAGAAGGUUUGUCUUCGUGCAUACUGAUUCGACUGAGGCAAUCUGAAUGUAUUUGUGAGGGUGUCUGCUUAGUCUGACUCAAAUCAUCCCUGGCUGUUAGGGAGGGAGAGAGCGGUGGAGAAAGAGAGACAGAGAGAGAGAGAGGGGAAGAAAUAUUGACAGUUUACUGUGUCACCUCACAUCACCAUCCUCCGCUCGUGAAAGCACAGCUGGGAGCUGACAAAGAUAUGACUGCAGAACAAUGGCGGACACCUGGUUGCCACAGGAAAUAGGAUUUAACUUGAUCAUGUGAUCUGACUCUCUUCCCAGUUCCCUUCCAUCUAUCAUCGGGGAUCAUGACCCGUCGGCUGAGCAGCUCCACCCGUUCUCACACUGAGGACUCCAUCUUCCUGAGGCCGGAUGAAGACCCUGUCUGGCUGGAUGAGCCCACGAAGACUGAGAAAAUAGGUGAAGGAGCACCUAAAAAAGACAGACUCCCACAAAGCAAAGAUGGACCCACAGGAGGCCAAGGUCCACAAGGAGAGGAGAUGUUUUUGCACAAGGUUUACACACUGUUGAUUGAGAUCCACUGCUGGGCUGCACUGUUUGCCAUCUCCCAAGUCACGGGGUACUGGGUGUUUUUUGUUGCGGAGGGAAAUGGCCUGUUCUCUUCCAUCUACAAAGCCCUGCAGGUCAUUGACUUCUACCUUAGCUUCAUCUUACCCUUCCACCCGAUCUUUGGAAUGGAUUCUGUGGAGCUGUCGAGGGAGAUGUCAAACACCACGCAGCAUAACUGGAUCGUUCAAGGGACUGCAGGCGUUGGUGUCGCCAUCUGUGUCAUCAUGGUUGUCCACAUGGUGUGUAAGUGGCGUUAUGGCACUAGGUUGUGUCCAUCAGGAACCGCGUCGCGAGACAUCGGUGAUCGGCGUCAGUCAGUGAGUCGCCAGCCGUCCUUCACCCUGUCUGAGUGGACAGAUGCUCAGGAAGAUCUACUGGACCUUGACACUAUCCCCCAGACACCAGUCUUUGAGACUGGUGCAGACACCAGGACAGAGGGAGAUGCUGCCACCCUCACUGUCACACCUGUGGGGCUUCAGGAGAGGAGGGGCUCCAACGUGUCCCUGACCUUGGACAUGUGCACUCCAGGCUGCACUGAGCCCUACGGCUAUGGAGCCCAGCUCUCCCCGAGAGACCAGUCGGCCCAAGAGUACCUGCGGCAGGGAACACACGUCCUGACCCCGGCCAUGCUACACACGCGGGCCAUGGAUGACCAAAGCCUGCAGGCUGAGUUUUAUGAAACUCCCAUGAACUUUGUGGACCCUAAGGAGUACAACUACCCAGGGCUGGUGAGAAAGAAUCGCUACAAAACCAUCUUACCCAACACACACAGCAGAGUGAUACUGCAAUCACAGGAUGAGGACGAUUUUCUCUCUACCUACAUAAAUGGCAAUUAUCUCAAAGGAUAUGAUGGUGAGGAGCAUGCAUACAUUGCCACUCAGGGUCCCACUGUGAACACAGUGGGGGAUUUCUGGAGGAUGGUGUGGCAAGAGAGAACUCCAAUCAUCGUGAUGAUCACCAACCUCGAAGAGAAAAACGAGAAAUGUGCAGAGUACUGGCCCGAGGACACUGUGACCCACGAGGGCAUCGAGAUCACCGUCGUCAGGGUAACCCAGGAGGAUGACUACAGCCUGAGGGUGUUUACGCUUAAGUGUGACGAUGAGGAGCGCAGUCUGCGGCAGUACUGGUACACCUCAUGGCCUGAUCAGAAGACUCCAGACAAGGCUCCACCCCUGCUGGAAUUGGUACAGGAAGUGGAAAGAGCCCAAACAGAAGCCCCGCCCUCCAGCGGCCCAAUAAUUGUCCACUGCAGUGCUGGAAUCGGACGAACUGGCUGCUUCAUCGCCACCUCCAUCCUGUGCAAGCAGCUGAGGACUGAAGGCGUGGUGGACAUCCUGAGAACCACCUGCCAGCUCCGUCUGGACAGGGGUGGGAUGAUCCAGACGUGCGAGCAGUACCAGUUUGUGCAUCACGUCCUUAGCCUGUAUGAGAAGCAGCUGUCUCACACUGCUGAGGAAUAGUCGAGUGAGUGCUACAGCCAGACCGAGACACACCACUGUACACUGUACCGCCUCUGGUGGUAUGCACCACUGUACCUAUAGCGUCAUCUCAAUCUCACCCUUUAACAAGUUUCCACCCAUGGUAAUCUCUCCACUCAAGACAGGCUCGCUCUGACAGGACUGAAUGGCUGAAAUCCGUGCUUCAUUGUAUGUCUUUGAGCAGAGCAAACAUGGGAAGAUGUGAUCCUAGAUAUCCCUCCACAAACCCCAAUCCCCACACAUCAGUGUUAUUGAUCCAUGCUGUCCUGGAGAGUCACAACAGUUGAGCUCCGAAAAAAAAAAUAAAAAAAUCAAAGCCUGCAGAUACCAUCUCAUUUGCAUCAAGGCCUUGUUUAGUACUUGAUCUAGAAUAGCUCCCUCGUAUACUGUAUGUACAAUUAUCAUAAAGGUUCUCUAGAGAGCUGAGGUAUAAUCCGAUCACCUGCAGUCAUGUUAAUGUAAGGAAUUUCAAGUACAGUCGCCCACAGUUAGUAUUAAUUAUAAGACCAGUGCCAGCAUAAGGUUAAUAAACAGUAAAGUUAAAAUGUCAGCCCAAUGAUACACUAUAUAUAUAGAGAGAGAUAUAUAUAUAUAAAAGUUUAGAAUAAAUACUGCAUAAGUUUUUCAUUGACUGUCACUUUUAAUGUGAAAUAUUUUUUACAUGAGGCCUGUUUCAACUUUUGAUGCAUUCAAGAGCCACCUCAUCUUCAGGUUGCAUGGUGCUAAGUGUUCAUUAAAGGCAUGUGCAAUGUUAUGGAACAUAGGAAUGUAUAAAAAAAACUAGGUUAUUAACUAAUCAGGAUAUCUGUGCGAUCCUCAACGAUCUAGUUUGUUUUUUUUUGUUGUUUUUUUUUCCCAUCCUGCCUGUGCGAUCCCUCAUAGCCCAUGACGUUUACAGUGAACAAAUCCUGCAUUAAGGCCACACAUAGAUGUACAUGAUCCAGAGGAGUCACAGAGCCGAGACACUGAGGGGACCGACGCCUGAAAUAGAAUCAGACCAUCAGAAAAGUCGACGCAGACCUGUGGAGAAUCUGUCGAGAAACACGGCCAUAAAAGAUGUGUUGCUCAUAGUCCUCUACAUGUUCCAUUGCCAUCAUCUCAAAGUCACACGCUCUGUGACACCUCUGCCUUCAACAGUAGCUUAAACACACUCACGAUGUAAGAAGCCCAUGAUUGUUGUAUAGACAGGCCAGGCCUAAUCUGUAUGAAGCACAAUAGACCGACUAAGGUUGUCUUUCUGAUGUUCAGCUAUAAAAGUUCUUUUUAUCUGUAUUGUGUUUUUGAUUGUGUUGAGUUUAAUGGAUUGCAUGUGCCGUAUGGGACUCCAUAGGUCCACAAUCAAAGCGACGUGAUUGGUUGUCCCGCUUUUUGUUGUGUAAAAAAAGGCUUUUAAAGCCUGUUAUAUUGCUUGCUCUCGGCCAAUGCUUUUGAUACAGUUUGCUUUUGUGAAACCAACCAGAGAUAUUUUUAGAACAUUUUGAUACAAUCCUUUCGAGUAGAUGCCUUGUGUAUAUUUCCGUUUACACCAUGAUGGAAUGUAGCUCAUACUGUGGAUCAAACCAUCGGUUUCUAUUGCAAGAUUUGACAGAACAAAAAUGUGACAACUACCUAAGUUACCUUACAGUACAGAAAUUAGAUAGAUUCCGUUCAGUCUUCAGUAUUAUUACUUUAUGCCGUUAGGCUUUGCUUUAGUAUGCUUUGCUUUCUGUGUGUGUUUUUAUUGUUUUCUUGGAGAAUUUUUACCUCAGACUGAGUUUUCUUUUACGAAGUCCCCACUCGAGUCCACCUGUGACUGUAGGCCACUCUCAGUUGACAACGCAAGAAGUUAUUGCUAUAUGUAUGGCAGCUAAAACAGUGAGGACAUGUCAUUUUUUUUUAAUGUAAAUUUAAAACAACUUCUAUUGCGAAUUAAUGCAUCAGAUCAACAGUCAUGAACAUUAUCAGAGGAUGAAAUUACUGAGGGCUCGGACUAAUUUCUGAACAUCAAACCAUCUCGUAAAUUAAACUGCCAAAAUUAACAUUUUACAAACUACAAGUACUGAAAUAAUCCUCUUAUAAUGUCCACAGUUCUUGACUGUAAGGCUUUCAUUUGACAGCUUAUUUUCAGUGCUUUCCUGUUCCUCCUCUGAUGAUCAGAAUGGGGAUGACGACACACAACAAAGAGUCAGACAUUCAACCAACCAGCAACCAGUAUUUCUCUCCUCUGCUACAGUAUUGCUUUAAGUUGUGAGUUUUUGCAUCCAAAUAAAGGUAGAUUUUCAUGAAA